CGCUAAAAAGCACUUCACCUCUCUCUCUCUCUCUCUCUCUCUCUCUCUCUGCCCUCCAUUAAAUAAUUGAAGGAAGCCCAAUCGGGGCUGCUGUGUGAGACGCCCGCCAUCGGUGGAACUAGUGGGGAGCGGUGGUAAAUCGAGAGGUCUGGCGGGGAUAAGAAGCGUCGCCCUCAGAGUUCUCGCCCGCAACAGCGAGGACGACGGCAGCGGCGGAUUCAGGCGGUCGAGGCGGAAGUGGUGCAGCUUGGUCGCCGGCGCCGGCAAGAGGAAAGGAUUCAGAGUUAAAGAUCGAUUGAUGGAUUGGUGGAACAAAGUUGUCUUCCCCGUCCGUCGCGUUUGGGUCGCCGUUUCUGCCCGCGUCAAGUCAUCACGCAAACACGGUGGCGGGAUUCUGAUGCUCCACAACGACGUCCAGACUUGCGGGUACGAGGACGUCCAGGUCAUGUGGGAAAUGCUGCGCCGCUCCGAACUCGAGAUGGUCAACGGCGGCGGCCGCACCACCGCCGGCGAUCUUCUCAAGCGGAACCGGCCGUUCUGGCGAAUCUUCCUGUCGUCGAAUGCGAGGAGGACGUGUGGCUCCACUUCGCCUCUCGCGGCGGAUAUAGCCUGAGAUUGCUACCAGAAAAAAAAAAACCAGAGCCUCGGUCGCAGAGUUCGUCGACGUCGAUCUAUUCUCCGACCACCAACUACCCAGGCAGCCGUCAUUGCACCUGCGCAUGCUACAGUGCUGUUGUUAUUGAAAGAAAGAAAGAGUUCUCUCAUGAUCCGUAUCUUCUUGUUUUUAUUAAUGUCGCAGAAUAGAACCUUGCGACAACCCGUUUUUUGUAAAUAGCAUAAAUAUUAGUUGCUCUCUUGCUCCUGCUGCUGCUUUGAUCCGUCGUCAGAGAUUGCUAUAUGCAAUCCAAGUCGGUGAAGUCUAUGUUAAAAAAAUUGGAGUUGGUGUUUGUCUUUGACAAUUUCGCAUGAUCUGGUUCUAUCCUAAAAAUAUCAAUAACUCUUCUACCAAAAUAAAAAUAUCAACAACUCCUUCCUUCCAUUCCAAAAAACAGAAAAUAAGAACUGUCCAUCAUUUUCUACCAUCUUACUGGGAGAGUUACCUAACAGAGUAAGGAUGCUUUGUUUACAAUUGUACUCAACACAAGUCCUGUAGUUUAUACGCAACGUUCUCUAACUGCCCUCCUCCAAAAAUUAAGCUUCUGCACCAACUUGGCAGCUUUCUACAAAGGAGCACCUGGCCCCUGGGAUUUUUUUGCUUUCUUAUAUUAAUUAGAAAACCAAGCCCGUGCAUCAACAUAUCCUUCAUUAAAUCAAAGCAUUUUUCUUCUACUGAGAAAGUAUUAAGAAGUUUGCUAACUCGAAGCUAGGCCAUGAAUGACGGUGAGGACGAUACCUGUUAAGAGAUGGAGGGUCUCGCGAAUGCCGAAUUCUCCUAGCCUAAACGGAGCACCUUCUGCGGAUCAAGUUGUCCGCUACAGUAACUAGAGGGAACAGCU